AGUCAGUGAGGGGGGGGAGGGGGGGAGGGGGAGGGAGAGGGUUUAUUAGGGACAGACGGACACGGAGCGGCCAUCACAGGGUCGGGGCGAGGAGUUGGCAGUUGCACCUCAUGGUGGGGAUCCCCGACUGACCGCAGAGCUGACGCCUGGGACGCGAAUGAAGAAAACCUUACUUUUGUUCUACAAGUACAGGGGCCUCCACAGGAAAGGGAAAAGAAGUAAAAGACGAAAAUGGCCGAUUUUGUUAUACGACCCGCAGCUCCCCAGCACUGCGCCGACAUCCUCCGCCUCAUAAAGGAACUUGCAAAGUAUGAGCAAAUGGAAAAUCAGGUGAAGUUGACUGAAAAAGAGUUGCUUGAAGAUGGAUUUGGAGAACAUCCUUUCUACCAUUGCCUUAUUGCAGAAGUCCCAAAGGAACAACAGACUGCGGAAGGAUACAGUAUUGUGGGAUUUGCCAUGUACUACUACACAUAUGAUCCUUGGAUUGGAAAGUUAAUGUACCUUGAAGAUUUCUAUGUAAUGAAGGAAUACAGGGGAUAUGGGAUUGGCUCGGAAAUCCUGAAAAAGAUCAGUCAGACUGCUGUGCAGAGUCGUUGUAGCAGCAUGCACUUUGUAGUGGCAGACUGGAACGAACGUUCGAUUAACUUCUACAAGAGGCACGGUGCUGCAGAUUUGUCCAAACAAGAGGGAUGGCGUCUCUUUGAGAUUCAGAAGGAACACUUGAUUAAAAUAGCAGCUGAAGAGUGAGCGCACAUGCUCACAGUCUGAAGUGCACACUAACGUUUUGGCUUUCCCAAACGUUUGUUUUGUUAGAGUCUGAUUUUUGUUUAUAUAUAUAUAUAUAUAUUGUGUGAAUUGCAAACUAACCUGUGGUAGAAUAAUCACUUUAAAUGUUAAUUGUAAUGCAUGUUGAAAUAACUAUACUGUAAUGAUCUCUUUCAGUCUUGGAUGAUGUCCUGCAAAAGGGGAUUUAAUCAUUCUCCUUGGUGAUUUUUAUUCCAAAAAAAUUGUUUAGUCUAUUUUGAUGUGUUGGAAAAACCUCAUUCUCCUCAAUUCUGGUUUAAAAGGGACUUUGUGUUUAAUUGGAAUUUUGGUUACAGUAAAAUGUUUGCUGUUAGGCACAAUCUACAUAUGUAUAUAGCUUCAUAUGGAUAUAGUGUCAAUAUGUAGAAAUGGCUUCUGUAAAUAAAUUAAGCUUUCAUGUUACAGUACAAAGUUUUUAUUCACCAGAGAAAGGGUUGCAUCUUUCAUUUUCCCCUCCCAACUGAUUGUCAUAAUGUAAUGUCUGCUCUUAGAGUAACUAGAGGAAAUAACCUUCCAAUCCAUAUUGGAUAUUUAAGCAAAAUACAAAAUUUCCCAGGCCACCACCAAAAGUACAAAAAAUUAAUCAGCAAUUCAGUUUGGAGUAUGAAAAUAGUUGCAGUAAUGAGGAUGAUCAGUUCAUCUUUUAUAUGUUUUGUUUAUUAUUGAUUCUGUUUUGGUUUGUAGGCUAUAAUAGAAGCUCAUUGUUAAUAAACAGCUUGACAAUGUGUUCUAUAAUCAAUUUAACAUUAGUGUCUUGAUGUUUAUGUGCUCAAAAUCAUACAUUUUCUCUUCCGACACUCAGGGUUAUUACUUGCCCUUUCCCACACUGACAACCUGUUAGACUAACAAAGAUGUACAUUCUUCAACAUGACAUUAAAAAUGUCACCACUUUGUAACUACUUGAAUAUUUUAAAUAAAGCAAACUCCAAGGAAAA